AGAGGGAAGGAGAGGGGAGGGAGGGAGAGGGAAGGGAAAGGAAAAGAAAGAGAAGGGAAAAGAGAAGGGAAGAGAAGAGAAGAGACAAGAGAGAAGAGGAAUAAAGCGAAAGGAGGCAGAAAGUGUCUUGGGUCAAAAGAGGAAGACCAAGGAGUAGACAGGCUACGAAAUGGCAUUGCUCCUGUGGCUGCAGUCCCAGCUGUCAUCCUGCUGGAGCAACAUCUCUGUACUGGGAGUUUUUCUUACAGUCUUUACUUUACUUUUCGACUUCAUGAAGCGCAGGAAGAAGUGGAGCCAUUACCCGCCAGGCCCAGUAUCGCUGCCGUUCAUUGGGACCAUGCUGUAUGUUGACUUCCGCAACCCACACCUCUCCUUCAACCAGCUUCACAAGAAGUUUGGAAAUAUCUUCAAUCUCCAGAACUGCUGGAGCAACCUGGUAGUACUGAACGGGUAUAAAACAGUGAAGGAAGCCCUGGUCCACAGAUCGGAGGACUUUGCUGACCGACCAUACUUCCCAGUAUAUGAACAUCUGGGCUACGGAAAUAAAUCUGAAGGGAUUGUUAUGGCAAGAUACGGGCACGUCUGGAAGGAGCUAAGGAAAUUCACGCUCUCUACCUUGAGGAACUUUGGGAUGGGAAAGAAAUCCCUGGAGGAGCGAGUGACGGAGGAAGUGGGAUUUCUGUGCUCUGCAGUCAAUUCUGAAGAAGGUCGUCCUUUCGAUUUACGUUUUCUCGUAAAUAAUGCAGUCUGCAACGUGAUCUGCACCACCAUCUAUGGAGAGCGUUUUGACUAUGGUGAUGCGACAUUCAAGAAGCUGUUACAUUUGUUUGAAAACUCCCUGAAUGAAGAAGCUGGAUUCCUGCCUCAGCUUCUUAAUGAGGUGCCCAUUUUGUUGCGCAUCCCUGGAGUGCCACAGAAAGUCUUUCGAGGGCAAAAGGCAUUCAUGGACUUCAUAGACGUGCUCAUAGAUAAGCACAUGGAGACCUGGAACCCUGCUCACAUCCGAGAUUUCACUGAUGCAUUUUUAAAGGAAAUGGAGAAGGGUAAGGUAGCUGAAGAGAAUGGUUUCAGCUAUAACAACCUUCGUCUGGUGACCGCAGACUUGUUUGCAGCUGGUUCCGAGACUACCUCCACCACUCUCCAGUGGGCAUUUCUAUACAUGCUUCUCCACCCGGAAAUACAGAGUAAGGUCCAAGCAGAGAUUGAUAAGGUGAUUGGCAGAGAGAGAUCACCCACCAUGAAGGACCAAGCAAGCAUGCCCUACACCAAUGCUGUGAUCCAUGAAGUACAACGCUACGGGGAUGUCGUUCCUAUUGGACUACCUCACAUGACAUACCGGGACACCAAGUUGCAAGGCUUCUUCAUUCCCAAGGGGACAACAAUCAUCACCAACUUGUCUUCCGUGCUGAAGGAUGAGGCAGUCUGGGAGAAGCCAAACGAGUUUUACCCCGAACACUUCCUGGAUGCAAACGGGCAUUUUGUGAAACCAGAGGCCUUCCUGCCUUUCUCAGCAGGUCGCCGUGCCUGCCUGGGGGAACAGCUGGCCAGGAUGGAGCUCUUUAUUUUCUUUACCACUCUUCUGCAGAAAUUCACCUUUGUGCUCCCCGAGGACCAGCCCAGGCCACGGGAGGAUGGUCGCUUUGCCCUCACAAGCUCCCCACACCCGUACCUGGUGCGAGCUGUCCCAAGAUAAGUGCGCGCUGCUCUCCUUUCACUCACAGACCACCACCAACGCAAACUCUGUCAGAAAAGUUGCAGGUCUAGGCAGGAUCAUGCUGGGUUCCACUCAAGACCUCUCAAGUCUGUGCAGAUGUCCCCAGCUGUGUAAAGUAAGGAUCUGGCCCAAUAUACAGUUUAGCUUAAUUCCAGUCCUGGAUCUUGAAUCAGAUAGCCAUAGCAAGUUACGAAUGACAAUUAAGUUUGCAAGUACAUAUUUGCCUAAUCAGCCAGCUCUGCUGUACUUGGGGCUCUCUUUGGUUGCAGCAGCAGUUCACUGAGCACACAGCUACUGAAAGAAUUAUUAGUCCUGAAUUAGGUUACUGAAAUACAAGGGUAUCCUGGGUAAAAGGCAACCCUGGGGUCUUGCCAGUUCUAGGAACAAAAAAACUUGGAAAAAUCUAUAAGGUACUCCUGGCCCACUCUCUUCAUCGUUAGCCCCACUGCAUACCCAGCCAUGCUCUGCCUCCCAUGCAGUGCCAUCCCACAGCAGUGUGUGCCUCUGCCUGGUGCCCAGGGGACUCCAGCUCUGGCUUGGUUCCUGAAAAAAACAAUCCAGGGCCGGUCAGCUGAUUUGGCAUGUGCUGCUGGUGGGCAGGGCAAGAGCUUCAGCUCUGACAACAAGUUGACAUUUAAACACAGUUUCAGAGCAGUGCUCCUGAAAAAAAUCUUACCUGAUACAUACAUAUCCCCUUCAUUCCUUCCUGCUUAUUGCAUACUCCCGUCUAUUGCACAUAUAUUGCAUUGCCUUCAUUUAUAACCCCAAAGACGGUAAGUUUUAAUCCUGACAGCCCUUAUGUCACAGUAUGCCUCCAGUAGGAAUAAAUACCAAGGGGUACAUAACUAAUCUAUAUGGUGUUCCAGCCACAGAAGCAGGUCAUUUGUGAAAUACAGAAGUUCCUAUAAAUACAUUUCAAGAGAAAUCCUGGUGUUUAGGUUUACCACCUCCUCUAAUUAGGCCUUGAAAACUGCUUUUUUUCGGCAUUACGUAAAGUCGGCUCUUGGGCAGGUUUGGAACUCACAAAGGCAUGGAGUUAACAGUGUUUGAAACAGUACAGCUGUAGAUUCCAGAGCUACCUUUCUCCUUCUUCCUGCAAUAUUCCUGACAUUGUUUUGCAAGGUGUUAAGGUAUGUUGAUGUUUAGAUUAGUAGUAGCUACCUUGUAACCACGUGGCUGAAAAGACUAUAGCAUAAAGGAGCUUCUAGUCAUAAGCGCAACUAAACCAAAAAUCUGUGAAACUA